UCUGAAGCAUUAAACCCCUCGCAGUUCUCCGACCACUACGAGAGGGAAGGGAGAGAACGGGAGCGAGUCAUGGCGAAGGGAGGCGGGGGAGAGGGCUUGGAGAUCCUGGAAACCCUGGGGGACUUCACGAGCAAGGAGAAUUGGGAUAAGUUCUUCACCCUGAGAGGCGCCGGUGACUCCUUCGAGUGGUACGCUGAAUGGCCCGCCCUCCGCGACCCCCUCCUCGCCGAGCUCUCCUCCUUCUCCGCCGCCGACACCCCGAUCCAGAUUCUCGUCCCGGGAUGCGGCAGCUCCCGCGUCUCCGAGUACCUAUACGACGCCGGGUUCCGGCAGAUCACCAACAUCGACUUCUCCAAGGUAGUCGUCUCCGACAUGCUCCGCCGCAAUGUCCGCUCCCGUCCCGAGAUGCGGUGGCGGGUGAUGGACAUGACUGAUAUGCAGUUUGCAGAUGAGUUCUUUGAUGUCAUUCUUGAUAAAGGGGGAUUGGAUGCUUUAAUGGAACCAGAGCUUGGGUCAAAGCUUGGAAAGAAAUUACUUAAAGAGGUAAAGAGGGUUCUGAAAUCCGGAGGAAAAUAUCUUUGUCUCACCCUUGCAGAAUCCCAUGUCCAAGGUUUGCUUUUCUCUGAGUUUAGGUUUGGAUGGAAUACAAGUAUUUAUGCUAUACCUCACAGACCUUGUAACAAGCCUACUUUUCAAACAUUCAUGGUGGCUGUUGUAAAAGAGAAAUUGGGUGCAUUGAACCCAGUUAGAUCAUUAUUUGAUCACUCUGCUGUAAAUUGUAAUGCGAAGCAGGUCUUUGCUUUAAAUAAUGCAGUUGAAGGUGAGAAUAAAAUUCGGGGCAACUAUUCCACUGGUGCUGAUAUCUUAUAUUCUUUGGAAGAUCUACAGCUAGGAGCCAAAGGAAAUUUGAAGGAGCUUCUCCCAGGACGUAGGUGUCAGCUAAUUCUUGGUGAACAAGGAAGCUGCCUUUAUAGCUACAAGACUGUGCUUUUGGAUGCUCGGCAGCAGCCUGAUCCAUUCUUGUAUCAUUGUGGUGUUUUUAUUGUCCCUAAGUCUCGAGCUUAUGAAUGGCUGUUCACUUCAGAAGAAGGACAAUGGCUUGUAGUUGAAAGUUCAAAAGCAGCUCGUCUAAUCAUGGUUUUUUUGGACUCAAGGCACACCCAUGCCAGCAUGGACGAUAUCCAAAAGGAUCUAUCUCCACUUGUUAAAAAUUUGGCACCUGGAAAUCCUGAAGAUGAAGCUCGAAUUCCGUUUAUGAUGGCCAAUGAUGGUGUCAAGCAGAGGAACAUUUUGCAGAAGGUUACAUCUACUAUUACUGGACCUAUAAUUGUGGAAGAUGUUAUCUAUGAAGCUGUAGACGGAGAUGGUGAUAACACUGGCCUCACCUCAUCAGACACUAAGAUGUUUCGUCGCCUUACUUUUGAAAGAAGUUUGGGUUUGGUGCAAUCAGAAGCACUGCUGAUAAGAGAACCUCAAAGCAAUCCUGUUGAAUCAGUUGGAAAGAAGAGCAGCUUAUCUUCAAAAUCCAGGAAAAAAGGAGGCAAAAAAAUAAGUGAUUCCAGCAAGUUGAUUAAUGGAUCCAGAAGCACUUGGAAGGUUGACCAUAGUUGUCUUGCUAGUUCUUAUCACAGCGGAAUCGUUUCAGGCUUUGCUCUAAUAGCUUCUGCUUUGGAAAUUGCUGCAUCAUCUGAAAAAAAGGUUAGAACAAUUAUAGUCGGUCUUGGAGCUGGGCUUCUUCCUAUGUUUCUUCAUGGAUGCCUUCCUUUUCUGGAAAUUGAGGUUGUGGAGUUGGAUCCUUUAAUUUUGGAUUUAGCAAGGAAAUAUUUUGGCUUUACAGAGGAUAAGCGGUUGAAGGUACAUAUUGAUGAUGGAAUCCAAUUUAUUCGAAAUGCGAAUAUUGUGCCAUCUCCUUUGGACACCAAACAUAAAGUAGAUGAUUCCAAGACAGUUUCACAAUCACAUGAUGGAGAGGUUAUGAAAUCUCUUGCCAAUGGGAACAGUAAUACUGAAAGUAAAAUUGUCAUUAUUGAUGCAGAUUCAUCUGAUCUGAGCUCUGGGUUGGCCUGCCCUCCUGCAGAUUUUGUAGAAGAAUCAUUCCUUUUGUCUGUGAAGACAUUCCUCUCAGGAGGUGGCCUCUUUAUUAUCAAUCUGGUAUCACGGUCCCCAGCAAUUAGGGAGAUGAUUGUUUCGCGAAUGAAAGUGGUUUUCAGCCACCUCUUCUCUCUAGAACUGGAGGAGGACGUUAAUGAGAUUCUCUUUGCUUCUUCCUCGGAGGCAUUUAUCCACAUAGAUCAUUAUCCUGAGGCAUGGACUCAACUUAAGAACAUGAUGCGGGUUCAUCUUCCGGAGAGGCAAAUGUUGAUGCAGAAGAUCAACUGUUUGAAGUAGUAUAGUCAAAAAAAUCGCACCGAUUAAUUCUUAGAGCCCAUGUAAAUUAGUUUCGUAUUAAUCAUUCUAAAUUUAAUGUUUAAACAUUGUAUAAUAGAGGCACAAUGGCAGUUUUGUUUUUGCUUCAGUAAAUUAAUAUGCUUAUUAAAGAAAACCAACUUGGUCA